UGACCAAAAAAAAAAAAAAAGCGAUGGAUUAUGAAAUAAGUAAGCAUAUGAAUAUUGUUUCGUUCAUUCUCUAAAAUUGCAAGCCCUCUGUUCCGUGCCGGUGACUCUACACUCUAAUCAAAUGAACCUACAUUGAUCCGAAUUUCAAUCUCUGCAAAUCUCACACGCUUUCUUUUCCGUUCAAAAAACCGUUAUUCCCUCCGAAACAGAUCGGAAAAUUACUUCCACCGUCACCGUCGCCGAACUGCAUUUGAGUGACUCAUUGAUGGAACCCGCUCCUCCAUCUUCGAAGACUGAACCUUACUCCGCCAAAGUACCUGCUGAAAAUGACAAUGCACGUGAUUCACCAUCCUUGUCACCAGUUUCUAGCAUAUCUUCCUGGGCGAGAAAUCUGAGGUUUGGGGCUGCAGAUCAGAACUCACAGACAGAGAACAAUGGCAUGUCAGCAUUUGCUCGUCUUACUAGUGGGAUUGGACUACGAAGUCCCCCAAAUGAGCUUGCUACGAGCAGUUCAGGAGCCGAGCAACCUAAUAUAAUUGAAUCAUUCACUAAAGGGUUGGUGGACUCUUCAAAGGAAGCAGUAAAGGCAGUGCAGACCAAAGCACGACAUAUUGUUUCUCAAAAUAAACGCAGAUACCAGGAAGGUGGAUUUGAUUUGGAUAUGACAUACAUCACUGAAAAUAUAAUAGCUAUGGGAUUUCCUGGUGGUGAUUUUAGCUCUGGAAUUUUUGGGUACAUUGAGGGGUUCUAUCGAAAUCACAUGGAAGAAGUAAUCAAGUUUUUUGAAACUCAUCACAAGGGAAAGUACAAAGUAUACAAUCUUUGUUCAGAGAGGUUGUACGAUGGAUCACUUUUCCAGGGGAAGGUUGCAAGUUUCCCAUUUAGUGAUCAUAAUUGCCCUCCUAUUCAACUUAUAGCAUCAUUUUGUCGAAGUGCAUAUUCAUGGUUGAAGGAGGAUAUCCAAAAUGUGGUCGUUGUUCAUUGUAAAGCUGGUAUGGGAAGGACAGGACUGAUGAUUUGUAGCCUUCUUUUGUAUCUUAAGUUUUUCCCCACUGCUGAGGAAGCCAUUGAUUCCUUUAACCAGAAAAGAUGUGUAGAUGGAAAGGCUCUAACUCUCCCAAGUCAAAUUAGAUAUGUCAAAUAUUUUGAACGGACCUUAACACACUUCAACGGAGAAGUCCAGCCCGGACGAAGGUGUAUGCUGAGAGGGUUUCGGCUUCACAAAUGCCCUUAUUGGGUUAGACCAUCCAUUACAAUUUCUGAUCAUAACGGAAUUCUUUUCACAACUAGAAAGCAUCCCAAGACAAAGGAUCUAAUGCCAGAAGAUUUUUGGAUCAAUGCAUCAAAGAAAGGAAUUUUGGUCUUUGCAUUACCAGGGGAGCCAGGUCUGACAGAAUUGGUUGGGGACUUCAAAAUUCAUUUUCAUGAUCGACAGGGAGAUUUCUACUGUUGGAUGAAUACAACAAUGAUAGAGAACAGAAAAAUUUUAGAUGGCUCAGAUCUUGAUGAUUUUGACAAGAGAAAGAUCCCAGCUCCAGGGUUCCAGGUCGAAGUUGUGAUGGUAGACUAUGAUGGCACGCUACCUGGAAAAGUCAACCCUGCAAGCAAAGGAUCUGACAUAAGAAAUGUCUCAUCUGGUGCAAAGCCAACAUCUAGUUCAAGAAAGAGUAAGAUACCUAAAAAUGGAGAUGAUGAUGUAUUCUCAGAUAGCGAUGAAGAGGAGACCAAGGGAACACAAAGGAGGGAAGCUGCAACUGAUUACAAAUAUAUGGAACCUCAUCAAGCAUCUGAGGCCACUACUGACCAUGUAGGGAUGUUGUCGCGUGCAACGGAUCAGUUGUCACUCCAGCAGCAUGACGAACGCACGGAAAACAAUGUUUCUGAAGCAUCAACUACCAAUAAACAUCAUAAUAUUCAUGCAGGUCCUAACACCACCAACAUGGAAUCUAUAGGGACAAGUGAAUUCAAGGCAAUUGCAGCAGAUGCUUCAGUUUUUUCUUUUGGAGAUGAAGAUUUUGAGAGUGAUUCAGAGGAGGCGAGUUAAAUUCUUGUUCAAAUUUGUUAAUAUUCAGGAAUUUGUGUAUAGCCCUUUACACCGGGAUCAUACCCGCAGGUAAAAGGAUCAGGCACAUUAUGGAAUUCAUUGCAUUUGCCCCUUUUUUGUUGUCAAAUGACCUUCUUUCCUGCAUUUUAUUAUUUCAAUUUUGUAUAUUUUUGAAGUCUGUAUGAUGUUCUUCAAAGUCCUUGAGGACCUUAGGAGAAUUCUAACACCCUUAACAAAAUAUUGCAAGUCCAAGACAGUAUACAAGACAGCGUAUCUUCUUUCAGAA